AUGGCUCUUCAACGCCCUGCCCACAUGGCAGCCCACAUUUGCUUGGGCCUGCUCGGCUUCUCCGGCCAUCCCACCGCCUUUCGCGCCGUCAAAGAAACCAGCGCCAUUCCCACGAGCGUUCAUCGUCAGUGCCACUCGUUUGCCACGAAUGCCCACUUUUUUUCUCCUGUACCCUGUACCGGUGUUCCCGCUUCUGCCCUCGUCCCUCGUUGGUUCUUGACCUACCCUCCUGAUCUCGGCUCUAUAGAAUGGCUGGGCUGCAUCAUCGGGAUUCGCCUUUGGCUCGAGUACUGCAGCUUUAAAACGCGCCAAGCUACGCAGGCCGGUGCUCGUUUUACGGUUUACGCAGACAAGUUUCAAACGCCCUUUUCCAAGAUUGACUUUGAAAAGCGCGUUGCCGGCCAGCUCGAUGCAUCCGACAAGGAUAACAGCUUGGCGGCCACGCGUGCACGUUUGGCUGCAGCGCAGGAAGAAUCACACAAGCUCAAACAAGACCUCGAGCGCGUCAACAAGGAGGAGGACGAGCUUCAGCUCCAGCUGCGUAAACUGGAGGCUGAGCUGAGUCAGUUGGGUGCCAUGUAG